UCCUCUUCCGGGGACAGCUUCCGUAGGCAUUCAGAAUGGUCCAGCAUUUGACCUACCGUCGUAGGCUGUCCUACAAUACAGCCUCUAAUAAAACUCGGCUGUCCCGAACCCCAGGUAAUAGAAUCGUUUACCUUUAUACCAAGAAGGUUGGGAAAGCACCAAAAUCUGCAUGUGGCGUGUGCCCAGGCCGACUUCGAGGAGUUCGUGCUGUGAGACCUAAAGUGCUUAUGAGGUUGUCUAAAACGAAAAAACAUGUCAGCAGGGGCUACGGUGGUUCCAUGUGUGCCAAGUGUGUUCGUGACAGGAUCAAGCGUGCUUUCCUUAUCGAGGAGCAGAAAAUCGUUGUGAAAGUGUUGAAGGCACAAGCACAGAGCCAGAAAGCUAAAUAAAAAAAAAAAAAAUGAAGCUCUUUUGAGUAAUAAAAAAAUCAAAAGGCAAAAAAAAAAAAAA